UCCACCAAUACCAGCUCCUCAUUGGUGGGAGUGGGUUCAAAAACCUUCUGCUCCCCUUUUAAAUUCAGGCAUUCCUGAAAGUUUCCUUCUGGAAGCCGGGUCAGGUCAACGCAGGCAAGAUGACAACAUACACAGACAAAGGCGACAAGCAUGAGCAGGGCAGGUUCCUCUGCUUCGAUCAUCUGACCUUCUGGGUUGGAAAUGCAAAGCAGGCUGCAUCGUUUUACUGCAACAAGCUUGGAUUUGAGCCGCUGGCUUACAAAGGCUUAGAGACAGGCAGUCGUGAUGUGGUGUCCCAUGCAGUGAAACAAGGGAAGAUCAUUUAUGUCUUCUCCUCUGCUCUCAAUCCUGGUAACAAAGAGAUGGGGGAUCAUCUGGUGAAACAUGGAGAUGGAGUGAAAGACAUAGCGUUUACAGUGGAAGAUUGUGACUUCCUGGUUCAGAAAGCUCGUGAGCGAGGGGCAAUGAUUAUCAAAGAGCCCCACACCCUGGAGGACAAGCAUGGGAAGGUCCGGCUGGCUGUGCUGCAGACGUAUGGCGACACUACCCACACGUUUGUGGAGAGGACGGGAUACAAAGGCUUGUUUCUGCCUGGUUUCCAGCCGCCUCUGUUCACAGACCCUUUACUGGCCAAACUACCAAGUGGAAAACUGAAUUUCAUUGAUCACGUUGUGGGAAACCAGCCAGACAAUGAGAUGGUUCCAGUUGUAGAAUGGUAUCAGAAGAACCUCCUCUUUCACCGCUUCUGGUCGGUGGACGACAAACAGCUGCAGACAGAAUUUAGCGCCCUACGUUCCAUCGUAGUGGCCAACUAUGAGGAGACUGUGAAGAUGCCGAUCAACGAGCCGGCAAUGGGGAAGAGAAAGUCUCAGAUCCAGGAAUAUGUGGAGUACUAUGGAGGUCCAGGGGUUCAGCACAUCGCCAUGAACACAUCAGACAUCAUAACAUCAAUCCGUAACCUGAAGGAGCGAGGCACUGAGUUUAUGACAGUGCCAGACACUUACUACGAGCAGCUGAGGGAGAACCUGAAACACUCUAAGGUCCAGAUUACUGAGAGCCUGGAUGUCCUGCAGGAACUGAAGAUCUUGGUGGACUAUGAUGACAAAGGGUAUUUACUUCAGAUCUUCACCAAGCCAGUUCAAGACCGUCCCACGGUUUUCCUGGAGGUCAUUCAGAGACACAAUCACCAGGGCUUUGGUGCAGGAAAUUUCAAGUCUCUUUUUGAAGCUAUUGAAGCGGACCAGCGGGCUCGAGGAAAUCUCACCAUCCUGACACCAAAUGGAAAUACAGAGAUCAUGUGAAGCAAAACCUUUUUUUUUCUUCCUCUUUAUGACUUUUAAAACUCAAGAUUUAUUCAUUGUUAAGGUUAAAAACUGCUCAGGUUCUCAUUGAUUUACUGCAUCCAACUUUAAUAAUAAAAUGGACAUAGCACCAUGUAAGUAUUUCUCAGCUUCUUUAUUUCUUUUUUCCUUUACAUUUAAUAAAAACAUUUAAAUGCUAUAAUCCAUUUUGAUGUUGAGAAAAUCCUACUUGGCAAAUCUCCCAAAGCAUUCAUUAAAAAAUAAAGAGUGAAGGGCUCUAAAGUGGAUUCCUAUUUCUACUAAAUAUGUACAGUACAGGCUUGACUCAAGCCAAACACCAUUAAAGCUCUCGUAAAUGAAAACAUUCAACUAUCAUUUCAACUCUGAGCUUAGCAGACAUUU